UUCAUGGAACGACCAAAAUUUGAGUAAUCAUCGAGUGACCCCGAAAUUGCACUCCGCUCAUGAGCACAAGGGGGGAGAUAUAAUUAUAUACUGUACAGGGCCGAUGGAGUAGCUAACGGAACUAUUCCCUCUAUUGCGGGUAUGGGCGUGUUGCAUGUAUAUCGUUCUCUACUUAGGGCAUGUUUAGAUCCACCUUUCUUCAAUAGAUCCCUAGUGAAUAUUCCUCGAGUGCAACGUUCCCCAGGAACCUUAUUCGCGCUUUUCUUUCUUCUCUCCCUUCCUUUCCCGUCCUUCCUUUUCCUCGAUCACUCUCGCUGUCCUUCCUUUAUUCUUCGACCUGUCGAUCCUUUGAGACCUGACCACUGUCAUUCUUUGAACGUCUAUAUCGUUCCACCCGUCACUCCUUCAUUCAUUGCUUUCUUUUUGGGAUUCACGUCACUCCUUUUUUUUUUGUUUUUGGCCAUUCAUUGUUCAGUCCCAACAGUCCCGUGUUUGUUGUGUGGAAAAAGGAAUCCCCACCAAACGCAUACGCAAUUGUUUCAUGUACGCCAUCUGAGCUUAAUUCCCCAGGCCGUUCACAGUCGAUCAUCCAUACUGGGGUUAUACGAGUUCAGGAUCCACCGGAAAUUAACUCACCAUGCUUUCGUCACUUGGGCGAUGGUCUGCUGUCAGCACCCUAUUAGGAUCGGCCCUGGCAGCAACCACUGCUGAAUGGAAAUCCCGGUCGGUCUAUCAAACCAUGACCGAUCGCUUUGCGCGGACUGAUGGCUCAACAACCGCCCCGUGUAACACCACCCAGGGCCUUUACUGCGGCGGUACGUGGCGCGGUACCAUGGACAAGCUCGAUUACAUCCAGGGCAUGGGCUUCGACGCCGUCAUGAUCUCCCCCGUCAUCGAGAACAUCGACGGGCGCGUCUCCUACGGCGAGGCCUACCACGGCUACUGGCCGCUGGAUCUCUAUUCCCUCAACUCCAAGUUUGGUACCCACCAGGAUCUGCUCGAUCUCAGCGAGGCCUUGCACGCCCGCGGCAUGUACCUGAUGAUGGACACCGUUAUUAACAACAUGGCCUAUAUGACCAACGGCAAGGACCCGGCCAAGAACAUCGACUACUCGGUCUUCACCCCCUUUAAUGAUUCGAGUUACUUCCACCCGUACUGCAAGAUUACCGACUGGAACAACUACACCAACGCCCAGCUCUGCCAGACGGGCGACAACAAAGUCGCCCUGCCCGAUCUCUUCACGGAGCACGAGGAGGUGCAGCACAUGCUGGAGAAAUGGGCCAAGGACAUCAUGACCACGUACUCUAUCGACGGGCUGCGCAUCGACGCCGCCAAGCACGUGGACACCGGGUUUCUCAAGAACUUCGGCGACGCCAUCGGCGCCUUCAUGACCGGCGAAGUCCUCCAACGCGAAGUCGACACCAUCUGCCAGUACCAGAACAACUACAUCACCAGCGUCCCCAACUACCCCAUCUACUACUCUAUGCUGGAGGCCUUCACGCUCGGCAACACCAGCGACCUCGCCAACCAAGUCGAGAUCAUGAAGAACAGCUGCGACGACGUGACCGCGCUGGUUUCCUUCUCCGAGAACCACGACAUGGCCCGCUUCGCCAGCAUGACCAAGGACAUGUCGCUCGCCAAAAACGUCCUAACGUUCACCAUCCUCUUCGACGGCGUGCCCAUGGUCUACCAAGGCCAAGAACAACACCUCGACGGCCCCGGCACGCCCGACAACCGCGAAGCAAUCUGGCUAACAGGCUACAACACCGACGCCGAACUGUACAAACUAAUCGCCAAGCUCAACACGAUCCGCAAACACGCCUACAAGCUGGACCCAGGCUACAUCAGCCUGCAAACGUACCCGAUCUUCCGGGGCGGCAGCGAACUGGGAUUCCGGAAGGGCGUAGAAGGCCGGCAGGUGAUCAUGCUGCUCUCGACGCAGGGGUCGAAUAGCAGCGCGUACAACUUGACCAUGCCGGUUAGUUUUAACGGCGGGACGGAGAUCACGGACGUGCUUAAUUGCGUUAAUUACACGGUUAAUCAGCAGAGUGAGCUUGUCGUGCCGAUGGAUAAGGGUGAGCCGCGUGUGUUCUUUCCCACCGGGCUGAUGCCGGGGAGUGGGCUGUGCGGGUGGCCGGCGGAGAAUGUGAGCUUCGUGGAGUUGAAGACCAAGGCGGCCGCGGCGGUGUCGGCUGCUGCUGCUACUAGGGCCGGUGGUGUUGUUGUUGUUGUUGGGCUGUCGGUGAUUCUGACUAGUCUUUUUGCGGCAUUGUAGUCUGGUCCCUAUUGAUGGGGGGAGGAGGGGGGGGGGGGUGAAUAAUAUAUCUUUGUACGGUUUACCUGGGUUUGAUGAUGUUCUUGUAUAUAUAUUUGGAUUCUU